AUGCAGCCGCUCACCGUAAGCGCCACCGAGCCCACAAAAGGCCGUCGUUGUUGGGAAUGUCGACGACGCCGAGUGGUCUGCGACUUCUCCAUCCCAGAGUGUAAUAAGUGCCGCGCAGCUGGGGUCGAAUGUCCCGGAUACGAUGCGAAGAAGCCGCUUCGAUGGCUGGAUCCAGGGAGAGUGUCUUCAAGGACGCGCAAGAAGAAGGUGGCUGUGGCGCAGCAGAAGAAUGAGGGCGAAAGUACAGAUGACCAAGAUAAGCAGCCUGUCAGCGCGGACGAUCAGCUGCAAGUCCGUGCUUCGAAUGUUCCUCGUGUUCAACUGGUCGAUAAGACGGGUACGAUUGUCCAAGCUGUGUACUACUACAAUUGUCAUAUACUCCCCGAAUAUACACCCCUUCUUCAACUGGGCGAGAAUCCAUUCAUCAUGGCAUUUCCCAUGAGUGGCGUGCAGUAUCUCCCCCCAGCGAUUCACAACACAUUGGUGUCCAUGGCUCUGGGUCAUCGCUUCCACCAGCUUCUCCCCCAGAACAGCCGCAGCGAUCUGUGUGAGUUGCGGACGCGGUAUUUCCACCACAGAGGCGAGGCGAUCCGGUCCGUCGGGGAGGCAAUCGCAAUGCCGGAGGCUUGCUGUACAGAUCUCGCUCUCAACGGGGUCAUGAUGCUACUAUUCACAGACUCCAGGCAGUCUACCUCGCCGGACUGGCGCCAUCACUUCGCCUGCGCGAUGAAACUAGUCGCGUAUCGUGGCGGCGUGGAGAACCUUCUCCAGUCGGCGCCGCACCUGCGACCCAUGCUGCUGUAUUUCAUGAUAAUCGGAGUCGUCAGCAACACGACCACGCCCCCCUCCGACCACAUCCUAGCCAGCGCGGACACGGGUUCCAUCAAGGACAUCUCUCAGCUCUACGGAGACGGGUUCUUCCCCAUCCUCCUCUGUCCUCCCACGUUGUUCAAGCACAUCAUUCGCAUCAACCACCUGCGGCGCCAGGCAUUCUCCUCCCCCUGCUCUCCGGAACACCUCCAGCCAGCAGCCACAGACCUGCUGGGACAAAUCACCGCUUUCUUGCCCGAGGACUGGGCCACGUCUACCUCGGCCCCGGACGAGGCAAUCCUCCUCGGCCACCUCUACCGCUGCGCAGUAACCCUCUACUGCCUCCUCUCACUCCAAUCCCUCUCUCUCUUCCCGCACUCAGCCCAAAUUCGCGCCAUGAAAAGAGUCCACGCGGCAAAUCUCACCCAGCAUCUGCGGCUUGCCUGUGCGUCCCCGGGAAUCGAUAAGUGCAUGCUUUGGCCGCUGUUUGUGGCGGGAAUGGCUGCGGACGGCGAUCUGGCUAUUUGCGGGUUCAUCGAGAAGAGACUCACAGCGUUGGCGGCGGGUGUAGGCUCGCCGAUCCCGCUUCUGGCGACAGUGGUGCUUAAAAGGGCGUGGGAGUCAGGGGGCGUGGGGUGGGAUGAAUGCUUCGAGCGGCCGUACUGUUUUGUGGUUUAG